AUGCCUAGGAACAGGUUUCAGUUGAUAUUAAGGUUUUGGCACUUUUCUGACAAUUUGAAAGCCCCUGUAGAUGACAGGAUUUAUAAAGUUCGUGGUUUGAUUGAACGUCUCGUUAAAAAUUAUCAAUCUGUUAUGGAGCCAGGUGAAUAUAUGGCUAUAGAUGAGUCAAUGGUCCCUUUUCGUGGCCGUUUGAAAUUUCCACAAUAUAUACCAGGAAAGGCCCAUAAAUAUGGUGUUAAGCUUUUUAAAAUUUGCGAGGUGAAUGGAUAUACACAUGACGUGAAUGUUUACGCAGGCAAAAACCAAGUUAACGGUAAGGGCUUAGCAUGCAGAGUUGUCCUGGAGUUGAGUAACCCUUUUUUAAACGCUGGACGGACAAUAGUUACUGACAAUUUCUACACUUCUUUACCUUUGGCUAACGAACUUUUAGAAAAGAACACUCAUCUUAUAGGAACUUUAAGAUCAAAUCGAAUAAGAUUACCCGAAAUUUUUAAAACAAAGCUACGACCUGGUGAAAUUAUCGGUAGAGAAAAUAUAAAUGGAAUUUUAGUCGCAAAAUGGCACGACAAAAGAGACGUUUCCAUGAUGUCCACUAGACACAAUAUUAACAUGGUCGAAACUGGAAAAAAAAAUCGUAAAAAUGAGCCUAUUUUUAAACUGCAAAUAAUAUUAGACUACAAUGCAGGAAAAGCUGGAAUCGAUCUAUCUGACCAACUUUCGAGUUAUAGUUCCCCUGUUCGUAAAUCUAUUAGAUGGUAUCACAAAGUUGCCACAGAAGUGUUACUCGGUACAUCGGUGGUUAAUGCAUUAAUUGUAUAUAACAUGAAUAAACCUUCAGAUAAAACAAUAUCCAUCACAAAGUUCCGUGAAAUGUUAGUUGACGAAUUACUUGAACUAGACCAAUCGCAGAUUGUUAUAUCAGAUAGUCCAACUACUUCAACUAAACGUGGCCGAAAAACUAAUCACAAAUUUGAAGAGUCUGUAGAAAGAGAUUACCGUAACCGAAAAGUUAGAAAAAGGUGCCUUCAUUGCUAUUCGCUCAAAACCACAGCUGUCGGUUCAAAAAAAGCUAGUGUUGAAACGAAAAAAGUAACUACAUAUUGUUCUACUUGCAACAUAUAUACAUGUAUAGAUUGCUUUAACAAAAAUCAUAUUUAA